AUGUGUGUCGAGCCGACGCGGGAGGACAGGGCGGCCAAGCACCGACAAAACAAUUUUAUGCUGCUCAACAUCGAAGGAACGACGAGCUUGCUCGCCCAAGUAGUUACCCCGAAGACCUUUCUAGCGGCGCUGAUCACCCUCGACGGACGAGUUGUGGCCUUCCAUAUCCAUCCCAGUGCGAUCGUUGCGGACGAGGACGAGCAGUCGGACGGCAGUGAUCAGGCCAAAAUCGCUGCCGCUAUCGCCAGCGGUCUGUGGCGCGAAGAUUGCUACCAACGUCCGUUUUCAUCUACCUCGAAAACCGAAGUAGCCCGUGAAGUUCGUAACCUCGAUGCCGUUUGUGAGCUCGGUCAGUUGCGUCUCAAUUUCACACCGCCCUUUCUACUCGUACUCGUCGGAAAGACUGGAUCCGUUUCCAUAGACACGUUGUCCAUGAAGGCCCAGUUAUUACAAGAUCAGUUGAAAGGCCCAUUUUCCAAUAUUGUAUUUUGA